AUGUCAACAAUGUUAAUUCACCUCGUUAUCUCCUUAUUUUUCUUUAAUUUUGUUUCCUCUAUGGAUGAUGAAUUUGGACAAAGUCAUGGGAAUGAAAGACAAAGUUUUGAGGGAUUUGGUAAUUAUUCUGGUACCCAAUAUGCCGGUUUUGGUUAUCCUUAUCACAAUGACGACCAAGAUCCUCCAACCCCUAGAUUCUCAAAUUUUGUUGAAUCUGUAGGCAGUUGUGGAACAGGAUAUGAAUCUAAUGCUUCGGUAAGUUGUAUAUUUUUAAUCUUCAAGCAGGGUGACCCUUUCCAAAUCACCAAAAGAGUUCAUGGCCUCUCAGAAAGGGGGAAUAAAGGGUGCGAAAUUAGCCAAAAAGAGGGAAAAAGCCCCCUAAAGGUGGUAAAGGGUCACCUUGGCUUUAAGGACAAAAUGCCAUGA